AUGUGUCUAUACCGGUUCCCUGAAAGGCAUUCAAUUUGUUCAAUUUCUGUCACUCCCGGCUCUCAAUUCAGAGUGCUCUUUUCGCCACUGCAGUGCCGUACUUUUAAGGGACAACCGUCGCCACCCACACUCAGCAACAACAUCUGCUUGUAUCAUAUGAAGAACCGAUGGAUGAGAAAAUCGAUUGUUGUUGCUGCGCCUAACCUACCAUUUGUUGGUUUUGGGGUUUGUCCUGUGACUAAUGACCCUAAAAUCGUGUCAGUUACACAAUCUUCUUGGGAUGAAUCAGAAGUUAUGGUAUACACCUUAAGCUCAGGGAAAUGGAGAAGCCUAACCAGUAAUCUGCCCACUCAACCACUUCAUGAUUGGUUAAGUGUAGUAGUUACUGAUCGGUUUGUCUAUUGGUGUGUUGAGUUACCGAAUCAAAACAUGAUUAUGUCAUUUGAUGUGAUUAAUGAGAGUUUUGAAUCCAUAGACCUUCCGGAUAGCUUAGCUACACGUGAUCUCGGGGACUUGUAUAUUUCCAAGGUACGGGAGUCUUGCUUUGCUUCAAUACAGCGGAGACAACUGUGA